UCCUGACGUGUGGACGUGAAAGUGCCGUGAUUUCAUCGUUGAUUUUUGUCGCGUCUCUCGCUGCUUGUGUUUUGUGUGUUUACUAUAUAUUGUUGCUACUAUUCUUUGCGACCAUACAGCCCGCUACUUAGUAUCCGUUCGCGAAAAAUAAAGAAAACAGGGGCGAAACAAACAAGUCAACUAAAAUAUCCCAUUCAUCUUGUUCUGCCAACUUAUUUCUAAUUGUGAACCAACCUUGAAAUUUCCACCUCACGCUGGAAAUUGCGAAACAAAAACAGAGCGGACAGUACAUUGUUUACCGAAAACUAGUCAAUUAUCAGCGAAAUAUGCUAUUUGCAAUGUGACUCUAUAAGUGUGAUCGCAGCUUCUUACACGUUUCGUUUGGCCAAAAAACUCACUCUGGAAUCGGUAAAUAUCGGUACCCGGUACCGAAAGUUAAAAGAUAAAAAAGAGGAUUACGGAUCGUAUUUUGGAUUACUGAUCAAGGAACCCAUAUCGCCGAAAAUGGGCACUAUCGAGAAACGCUCAUUCUCCUUCCGGCUGCGGCGCUCCUUCGGCGACGGCGGCAGCACGAACAGCCGCAACAGCAACAACAACAGCAGCACGUGCACGAACCACAACAACCAGAAGCGGUGCAGCACCCCGCUGACGCCGACGAGCACGAGCACCGGGCGGCUGGAGGUGCCGGGAGCGGCGUCCGUGAGCCGCCGGAGCAGCAUCUACAAGAAGCCGGACAAGAACGACGGCGGCCAGAUCCACUUGAUCCCGGACGUGGAGCUGCCGCUGAUGAACUUCGCCGACCAGUACAACAUCGAGAAGACGCUGGCCGAGGGCUGCUUCGCGAAGAUCCUGCUGUGCCGGCACCGGCCCACCAAGGCACUGGUGGUGCUGAAGGCGGUGCACGCCGAGCUGACCACGAUCAAGGAGUUCCAGAAGGAGUUCCACUACAACUACGAGCUCUCGCACCACCAUCACAUCCUGAGCGCCUACGCGGUGGCCUUCCAGACGAUGGACUACUACGUGUUCGCCAUGGAGCACGCCCCCCACGGCGACCUGGCCUCCAACAUCGGACCCAACGGCCUCCACGAGAACGCCUGCAAGCUGAUCUCGGAGCAGCUGAGCUCCGCCCUGGGAUUCAUGCACUCCAAGAACCUCGUCCACCGCGACCUCAAGAUCGAGAACGUGCUCGUCUUCACGCCGGACUUCACGCGGGUCAAGCUCUGCGACUUUGGGGCCACCACGAAGAAGGGUCUGCUGGUGCACAAGGUGAAGCACACGUGGACCAGCUGCGUGCCGCCGGAGCAGCUGGAGCUGAUCAAGAACGAGCGCUUCCAGUGCCUGCCGGUCAGCGACUCGUGGCAGUUCGGCAUCCUGCUGUACAACAUCCUCACCGGCAAUCCGCCCUGGCAGUCGGCCGACUGGGUGAAGGACCAGUCCUACGCCAACUUCAUGAAGUACGAGCAGCGCAAGACGACCAAGGUGCCGGACAACUUCCGGCGCUUCUCGCCGCGGCUGAUGCGCUGCUUCCGGAAGUACUUGAGCCACGACCCCGAGGACCGCUGCAAGAUCACCGAGGUGGCCAAGUACAUGAAGGACCGGUGGGUGGAGUGCCGCAUCUCCACCUCCAAGUCGGCCACCCUCAUCUCGCCCACCAACCACGACCAGGACUCGUGCAUCUACCUCAACCAGCGGGAAGGCCGUCUCUCCGGGGACGAGAACAAGCUGCGCUUCAAGCGGAUGAUGUCCACCUACGGCCUGGACAUCCCCAUCGACCAGGCAAUGGUGAAGCAGCGGGUCUGGGACUGGCUCUCCACCUGCGACGCCAACUUUGAUCCGGACGUGGAGAGCCUGCACGCCCUGGAUCUGAUGCAGUAGAGGGGGAUUUUUAAAAGCGUAUAGUAGGUGCCACAGAAACUUCUGGAGAUUUGAAACCUCUUUAAAAGGUUCUAAGAAGUAUGAAACAGAGUGUUUCGAGCAGUUUACUACUUUUCAAAGCAUAGUUUUAGGCACUUUUUUAAGUGAUUUCAAACCACUAGAGUUUUCUGUGUAUUAAUUCGCAUAAAUAUCUUUCAAAUAGAAAGUCGAAUAUAUAAAUCACCCUCCGUAUUUUUCGAAAGAUUUUUGAAUUCGAAUAACCCAACUACUAAAUGAUAAAAACAAUAUGUACAUAAACCCAUAAAACCCAUGUAGAUCCGAGCAAAAUAGGGAUGUAUAUCAGCAUCCACAGGAACACGGUUAGAAUUUGUGGAUCUAUAAGAUCGAUUUUGUAGAGCAGAGAAGCCACUUCUCGACGGUUUUUGUUCAGUUGUUCUGCGAGUGCAAAAUCCCAGAACUGAAGUUUGAUAUAGUUUUAUAUAGACGAAAUUCGGUACGACUAAGUAGUAAGAAUUUGUAGAAUAAAGAAACCCAGUUUGAGAAAACAAAAACCAACACGUCAACGGAUAACUUUCCAGUAGUGUUACCUUUCUAGUCUUCCGAUACGAUGAUUUUCUAUAUACUCUAUAUACGUGUGUAGCAUUAUGAUUAUAUUUAUGAGUGUACUAUAAUGUGUGAUUUACGCGUUACUCUAUCUGUACGGGAUACCAACUAUUGCAAUUAUCUAGAUCUAGAACUUAACGAGAUGUAAGGAGUGCCCCUGGUGUACUCACGACCAAUUAUUAGACGACUAAGGUUUGUUUUAUAUUGUAAUAGCCUAUGUAGUCAUACAUGUAUCCCUAAAUGAACCCUUGAUGUGUAGACGACAUUUAUGAGUAUCGAACAAUUUUGUACAUACUAUUUAAUUGCAUACGACUUUUAAAGUAUACUUAUAUGUAUUUACGAGUUAAUACCCUAUGUAUACCUAUAAAAUUCUAAAAAUAUAGAUCCGUAAACUGAGUUUAUUUAAAAA